GUAAACACAGAACGAACGUCACGGGACAAAGUCAGUCUGAGUCACCACUUCUUGUCUUUUCGGCUUUUGUCUGCCGCUUCCGACAUAGUUAUAAGAGCCCAUCCGAUGUGGCAAUGUCCACCUUGCCAAGCGAGAGGACUCCGCUUUUGCCCCGUCAUCCAUCAGCCAUGGAUGCCAGGGAGGCUCGGAGGCAGACGGCUGCGACAGUGGUGAUCUUGGUGGUGCUGACUCUCGAACGCCUUGCCUACUAUGCGCUGGCAACCAACUUCUUUCUUUUCUUGAAUAAGGGGCCAUGGGAUGGACAGGCAUGGGACUCCCUGGAUGCCAUGAAUGCAGUGUUCAUCCUGGCUGGUGUCUCCUAUGUGUCUGCUCUUCUAGGAGGGUAUAUCUCAGAUGCAAAAUUUGGACGCUUUAAAACAAUGGUAAUGGGAUUCCUUUUGUACAUCAGUGGGUACAUCCUCCUCACCCUGAUGGCUGUGGACAGGUUACCACGCACAGUAUGCUUCAGUGACAAGGGAUGGGGUGACUCUGGAGAUAAUGCCAAUGCUCCCUGCAAAGCUGCAGUAUACAUAUCUGUCACUAUCGUUGGUUUAGGUGUUGGCAUUGUUAAGAGCAACAUUGCACCCUUUGGUGCAGAGCAGCUGAGAACUGCAAAUCCACAAAAAACAAGGUCGUUUUUCAACUGGUUUUACUGGUGCAUCAACUUGGGUAGUUUGGUGGGUGUUGGAGUCAUCACCUACAUUGAGCAGGACAGCCCAGGCAUAUGCACUAAUGGUUUCUUCUGUGGAUAUCUCAUUGCAACGAUAUGCCUUGUUGUGGCAUUGAUUUUGUUCAUUGUUCUGCUGCCUUGCUAUCACAUUGUACCCCCUGAGGGGAGUGUUCUCGGAAACAUCCUCAAGAUCAUCUGGGAGUCACUGUGUGCUCAGGUUCGGCAUUGGAGGAACAGACAUCGCAAUCCUGUAACAAGCCCUCUUCAGCUGGAACCCAGAUUCCUUGAUCGUGCGAAGAUCCGUUUUGGUGGUUCGUUCCAUGAGUCUGCUGUAGAUGACGUCCGCUCUCUGGGGAAACUUUUGAAUGUUUUCACCGCCCUAAUUCCGUACUGGCUUGUUUACUUCCAGAUGGAAACUAGCUUUCAAGCCCAGGGCCUUCACAUGCGCUUCUCUAUCUUCGGUGUCAACAGUAGCAACGAGUCUGCAGUGGAAGAAGAGCUUCAGAUGGAGAGGGCAAGAUUCAGUAUCCCAGCGGCUUGGCUCACACUCUUUAACCAGCUGUUCCUCAUCGCAGCCAUUCCAGUCCUUACCAGCUUCCUCUAUCCUAUCUUGGAUAAGUCUGGCAUCAGGGUGUCAAUGCUAUUUAGAAUAGGUGUUGGGAUGGUGUUCAGUAUCCUGGCAGUUAUGACGGCUGGGGGCCUGGAGACCUACAGGACUUACUUGUGGAGAACUGACAACUCCUCGCAUAUUGAGCAAGUGAUUGGGAAUGUGACAUACCAUGCCGUCAACUUAUCAAUAUUCUGGCAGGUUCCUCAGUACGUGUUAGUAGGAGCAGCUGAACUGUUUGCAAGCAUUGCAGGUUUGGAGUUUGCCUAUUCUGCUGCACCACGUUCUUUCCAAGCUAUGAUUAUGGGCUUGUUCUACACCAUGGAGGGCAUUGGUUCUCUCCUGGGCACAGCGUUACUUCACCUAGUCAGUCCCUUUUGGCUCAGCAACAUGACUGACUAUGGGAAUAUCAAUGACAACCAUUUGGAUUUCUACCUUUAUUUCCUUGGGAUUCUUCAGUUUACUACCUUCUUAGUCUACUGUGGUGCCCUUUACAUGCAAAAGUUUUCACUGAGACCCAUAGCUAUGCCACCAUCGAGAAGAAGACGUCCCACUGAGCCCUUCGCAGGCGACCAGGGAGCAGGUGGCGUAGGGUUGAUAGAAGAAGAAAACGAGGACGAAGACGAAGAUGACGAGGAAGAUGAUCACGACAUGAGAACGAAUGAUAAUCAACAGUUGUUGUGAAACUUUUGUGAUUAAAUGAUAGUUCUUGUAAAUACAGAAUCUCAUAAGAUAAUUUUUUUAUAUGCUUCAUGUUCUCUGUACUUUUUUCUUUUUUGUUAGUGAGUAGCAGUCACUGCUUUGACCUAUCCAAUCCAAGGAACAUCCUGAUAUGAUUGAUUGAUGGCUUGGUUCAUAGUUUUACCCAACAUUGAGUUGCUAAUUGUAUUAUGGGUUUCACUGUGCUAAUGAAUUGCUUAUUCUGUUACGGAUUAAUGACCGAUUUUCCUUACUUUGAGGUUUGUUUUAUUCUGACAAGCUGUGACUCAGAAUGAGAUCUGAAUUUGGAUUAUUUUAUUGCCAUAGGAGCACGGGCAUUUUGUGCAAAUUAUAUUAUGGAGGCUGCGUUGCCUUACUUAAUAUCAGUCAGUAUGGAAGAUGUUCUUUAGUUGGCUUUAAGCAGAGAUUAGAAUGAUUCCUGGUAACUUUCAGGUCUUUCCAUUGUGAUACUUGUAUAUAAUGAUUUCAUGUUUAUUAAGGGAUGUUUUCACUAGUAUCCUCCCUUGACAGAGCAAGGUAGGAAUGCUUUUGUGUAAGACUAAGAUAGUGAGAGGAAAGAUAAGGAAUUUGUCAUUACUUAACGAGCUCAUAUAUGACAGAAGUAAAGGAAUUAUGUGAGAUGUAA